AUGCAAAUAUCUAUAGUGUUACUGUUAAUCUGUGCUGGCUUCGCUGCCGGCCAAGAUGACUCCCUGGCAGGGAGUUUUCUCUCAGGUCUUCUGGACACCAUCACGAGCACAGCGGACUCGAAAGAUUGUCCCGGAGUGUGCGUCCACACGCUGGCCACGCUAAUCUGCUACGAAGUGCUGGAGGACGUGCCCUGUCCCUCACCCAGCAUGCGGUGCUGCAUAGAGACGGCCCCGGACAGCAGCAAGACCACCGAGGCGCCCAAGAUAGCGUCAACCACCACCACGACCACCACCGAGCGCACCACGACCAAGAGCCAGAAGAAGGAGGACAAGAACAGCAAGUGCCCGGGCGUUUGUGUGGCGGAUCGCAUCGCUGAGUACUGUGAGGCCUAUCUGAAGACGCCCGAUCUAUGUAAAACAGGUUCCAAGUGCUGCGUCUCACGUGAUAUCUAUCCAGAUAAACCGCCAGCUGAUUUAUACGUUCCCAGUCAUGUUGUGAAGCCGACAACGGGUAGACCGAAUUCUGGCACACACAAAGUAGAAUCGCAGAAAACCACCACAGAACCACCUCGCUUGAAGACCAGCAAUCCGGUGAAGAGCAAACCGCCCAACAAGUACAGCAAGCCAGCAAAUCGACAGCCGGAAAAGACAGUCUCAUCAUCCAGGCCUGACUUCAAGGAAUGCCAAGGAAUUUGCACAAACGGGUUAUUCGCUCUCUUGUGUGACGACAUCGAUACUGAAGCCACGUGUGAAGGAGAGAAAAGUUGCUGCAUCACGAACAGCGGUGAAGAUGAUCGGAUAGAGACUACAACGCCCAGAAUUACAACGCCACCGCCACCACCUCGAUGUCCAGGCUUUUGCAUGCUAAGCAUCAUGGCAGCGUUUUGCGACAGACCAUCAGUCAUCAUCCCGAAGACUUCAACCUGCACUCAAGGAUCCGUUUGCUGUGACAACACUCGGACAGCUGUAACUUCCAGGCCACGUCCUCAAUCCAGAAGGCCAAUCACUCAACCUCCCACGACUACAACCUCGACGACACCAACUCCUGAUCCUCGAGAGGACUGUCCAGGAUCUUGCAUAGUUGGUCUGCUGAGUUUCACUUGCUUCCGCAAUGCAGAACUCACGGAUCUGUUCAAGUGCAAGAAGAGCGGCACUCAGUGUUGUGCUCCCAAAAGCCGGAUUCAGGAAGUCCAGAAUGCCUUGGCAAGGAAUGAGACAGCCGCCAUGUACAACAAUGGGCAACAGCCCGCUUACCCACCGCCCUACGGAGCAGCCACUCCCAUGCCGCCCAACUAUCCCGUGCCUCCAGUUGCGGGUCCCGCCAUCGCAACAACCAACAAUUAUGAACCAGUCGUGACAUCAACAACCGCGCGUCCGCCGAUCUACUCAAAGUACGUCUGUGGAGUCAAGGGUACCAGCAGGACGGGACGCAAGGUGGAGCCCUUGAGGAACAAGAGGCACAUCAACGGAACCAACUAUAUCGGUCAUCCUACGAAGAAAACCGGGGAACGACUCCAAUUGGGCCAUGAUAUCACACCUUUCCAGAUUAGCCAAGAUCUGGUGCAGUACGCUGACCUUCCACCAGCUGGCAACUUCACGAGACAAGGCAGGAGGAAAGCACGAGUCGUGGGCGGAGAGGACGGAGACAAUGGCGAGUGGUGUUGGCAAGUGGCGCUUAUCAACUCUCUCAAUCAGUAUCUCUGCGGAGCGGCUCUGAUUGGGACCCAAUGGAUCCUCACGGCUGCCCAUUGUGUGACCAAUAUUGUAAGAUCCGGAGAUGCGAUUUACGUCCGUGUGGGUGAUUACGAUCUCACGAGGAAGUACGGAAGUCCAGGAGCGCAAACUCUCCGCGUGGCCACGACAUACAUUCAUCACAAUCAUAACAGUCAGACUCUGGAUAAUGACAUUGCCCUGCUGAAGCUUCACGGUCAGGCUGAACUGAGGGACGGGGUGUGUUUGGUGUGUCUGCCAGCGCGAGGGGUGAAUCACGCUGCCGGGAAGCGCUGCACAGUUACGGGAUACGGUUACAUGGGUGAAGCUGGUCCAAUUCCCUUGAGGAUUCGAGAGGCUGAGAUUCCCAUCGUCAGCGACGCCGAGUGCAUAAGGAAGGUGAAUGCAGUCACAGAGAAGAUCUUCAUUCUGCCCGCCUCCAGCUUCUGUGCCGGCGGAGAGGAGGGCAAUGACGCCUGCCAAGGAGACGGCGGAGGACCUCUCGUCUGCCAGGAUGAUGGAUUCUUCGAAUUGGCCGGUUUGGUGUCCUGGGGCUUCGGCUGUGGACGCAUGGACGUUCCAGGAGUUUAUGUGAAAGUGUCUUCAUUCAUUGGGUGGAUCAAUCAAAUAAUCAGUGUCAACAAUUUGUGAUCUUCUGAAAAAACAACACCACCUCUUCUAAGGAAAAAUGUAAAUUGCACACUUGAGCAGUCUUCAAAGUAGAACUGGAUUUGCAUAAUUCCGACACCUUUGGAGACUACUUAAGCCUCUGUCACACAUCGAGACAUCUCAAAAGACUUAAAUUAUUGACCUAAUUUAACAAAGUUAUAAAUUAACACGUAUUUUUCAAUAAAA